CAAAAGAAGAAACAACCAUGUCUUGCUCGGUUGUCGUUUCAAAUUCUAAUGUCUUCUCUCUCCCCUCUCCUUGCCAAUUCUCUCUCUCCUCGCCUGUUUUGAAGAGAAAGAAACCGGCAAAGCUUCAUAUACCCGUUGCUUCUCUGACUAUCGAAGUCCCGCCGGCGGUAAUGACCCCGUCGCCGGAAAAGGAUGUAAUUGAGGUGGAGGGAAAUGGUUUUUCUGUGUAUUGUAAGAAGGGAAGUAGGAAACAUACGGAGGAUCGUUAUUCUGCUUCUUCUGAUGAUCUUUAUGAAGAAACAAAACAGGCUUUUUUUGGCAUAUUUGAUGGGCAUGGAGGUGCAAAAGCUUCAGAGUUCGCAGCAGAUAACAUGGAAAAGAAUGUAAUGGAAGAAGUGAACAGAAGAGAUGAGAGUGAUAUUGAGGAAGCAGUGAAGCAUGGCUACCUCAAAACAGAUUCAGAUUUCUUAAAAGAGGAUGUUCAUGGUGGUUCUUGCUGUGUAACAGCAUUGAUUAAGAACGGUAAUCUUGUGGUGUCCAAUGUGGGCGAUUGUCGCGCUGUUAUCAGCAGAGGAGGUGUUGCUGAGGCCUUAACAUCUGAUCACAAACCUUCAAGGAAAGAUGAAAAAGACAGGAUCGAAACUCAGGGUGGAUAUGUUGAUAUGUGCCGUGGCGUGUGGAGAAUCCAAGGCUCUCUAGCUGUUUCUAGGAGCAUUGGAGAUAGACACCUGAAACAAUGGGUGAUAGCAGAACCUGAGACCAAAGUUCUCAGAAUUGAACCUCAUCAUGACUUGUUAAUCUUAGCUUCAGAUGGAUUAUGGGACAAGGUUAGUAAUCAGGAAGCAGUAGAUAUAGCUCGUCCUUUUUGUGUAGGGAACAAUAAACAAGGACCCUUUCAAGCUUGUAAGAAACUUGUCGAUUUAUCAGCGUCACGAGGCUCUAUCGAUGAUACAAGUGUUAUGAUCAUCAAAUUACAGAAAUAUAUUUGAAGUUUCAAUGCAAAAGAAACUAAUAACCAUGUGAUCACCACAUCGGUUAUAGAGACUUUCCCAAGAAUGAUUUAUCUAGAGAUUAACAUAUGAGUAAGCACAUAAUGAAUGAGACAAAUAUUCGGUGUCACAAAUUCCACAGUAAGAGAGAAAUUGUGACCUACUAAUAGGUCCAUAAGAAGAGAUUGGGAAGAAGAAAGAAAGUAAAAAAUCUUCUAUGGAGCUAGUUGCCUCCGCGGUGUAAAGGGAGCUGAUGAGAAGAGAUUAACCCAUUGAUGUGCGUAGAUUGUCUUCAAUGGCUAUGAAAACAUUUCCCCAAGCUUAUGGAGGAUAAAAUUUCCUAGCAAAUUUGUCAAAGUAGCUCUCAUCCAUAUAAUGCCUGAUGAAGAUGAUCUCUUGCUCUUGUGAUGAGAAAUCACUUGAAACAUAGAUUACAGCAUAUGAACUAUCGGUUGUAGAAGAAUAACUAGAGCUUUUCGAUUUUAUUCUCAACCAAGUGGCUUACCUAUUUUUAUAGACAAAGAAUAAAACU